GGGUGUUUUUACUUGUCAAUUUGAUAUGAUUAAGAACUGUAUAGAAAGAGGAUUUUUUUAACUUUAUCGUUAUGUGUUUGAUAAAUUUUUUAAUCAUACAAUGCUCACUAUUACAUUUUUAUUAAAUUUUGUUUUGGUUUUUAUAAGGUUAACCAAUGGUUAUAGUACAUGUCCACCUAUAGAGUUACGUUCAUCUUUAACACCUAAACAAACCAAAUCGGGAACUUUAAAUCCAUCUUUACUAUCAACCAAAACAACUACACCAUCAACACUCAUCUCCUCUGUAUUAUAUUCAUCUCCAUCUUCAUCUUCCACUACUACUAGUGAUGGAUCCAAUGGAUCAUCUAGUUUACCCAAAAUUGUCUGUGAUUGUACAACCGAGGUUAGAGAGUCAGCACCAUCUUGGGAAAUACUGUGCUAUCAAGAACCGGAUUAUCACUCAGAGGCUACAGUUGAUCCUGAAACGGUGCAAUACUCAGCCUUACCAAUAGCCUUUAUUAUUAAAUAUGUUUCCUCCCGUUAUAUUGAGAUUAAUUGUUAUGAUAGUUCACCAGAAUUUCAACCAGCAAUGUUCCAAGGUUUUGGAGUCAAUGAAAUUGACUCUUUCCGUGUGAUCAACUGCUCCUUGCCAACAGUGCCUUUCAACCUGAUCUUUCAUCGGACAUCAAUAGGAUCAAAUAAGGAUUCAAUUUCAUCUUCUUCCAUCAACAAACACCAAGCAAACCGUGCAAUUGGCAAUGGUUCACCACAACUUGACACAGGUGGAACAACUUCCAAUAAGGUUAAAGGUAUUCGAUCGUUGGAGUUGAGGCGUGCGACUCCCAUCAAAGUGGAUGUUAAACAAUUGAAACACCUAUUCCAUGGUCUUGAUCGUUUGGAACAAUUGACUCUUGAAAAUUACAUAAUUGCCAUUCCUGCGCCAAGUGAGAAAUUAAUUUCAAAUGUAGCUGCUGGUGGACUUGAAGGAAGGCGAACUGGACGCCGAUUUAAACGAUCAUUUGGAUCAAGGCUCAACUCGAGUGACACUCUGGUUGGAUCAAAAUAUCUAGUUAAUGAAAAGAAAGUCACAAUUAAUCCAAUUUCGGGUUCAUCACCAGAUUUUGAUCCAUCAACAGGAUUUACUGUUUUAACAAUGAAAACAACAGUCUCUCCAUCAUCACAAUCACCUUCUUUAUCACCAUUACCAUCAUCAUCAUCAUCAUUCUCAUCAUCAAGGGUCAUCACAACAAAAGCGCCUACUACUUUUUCGGUAACCGCACCACCGACAACUCUAUCAGGAGCAGUAAUGACGAUGACAACAAAAAAACCGACAUCCAUUGAAGUCUCUAAAUUGCCUGAAAAUAAUAAAUUUUACACUCCAAAAGCGUUUGAUGGAAUUGAUGUAAACAAUCAAAAUGAGAAUCAUUCAAAUUCAGAUAAAAGAACGGAAGAUAAAUCUAUUGAUGAAACUAUGCAUAAAUCAUCAACAUCAUCUUCUUCACCAUCACCAUUAUCCUCAUCUGCACCUACAUCAGCUCUUGGUUUAACCGAUACCAAACCCUCUUUGCCUGUUGUACCCGAAACUGAUGAUCUGUCUGCUGAUAAGUCAACCCUCAUUCCCGGUGUUACUGUUAACCGUCAAGAAUCUCAAUCAUCUUAUCAAUAUUUAGCCAAUUCAAUUGAUUUUAGUUUUGGAUCUUAUUUUCCCAUGUUAAAAUCACUCGUUUUAUCCAAUUUUUUGGUCACAAAAUCGUCCGAAAGUGCAUUAAUAUUAAGAAAUCUUCUUUCCAACUUGAACAAUCUUGAACAAUUGGAUCUUCGUUCAAAUAUACUUACUCACAUUCCUGAAAACCUCUUUUCUGGUUCUGGACGAAAAUUGAAACGCCUUUACCUCAUGAGAAACUCAAUUGAAUCUCUGCAUCCAUAUGCAUUUAUAAAUCUCAAAGAGCUUGAAGUUCUCGAUCUAUUUAGUAAUAAGAUUCAAUUAUUACCAGAUUCACUUUUAAAAGAUACCAACAAAUUGAAACAAUUCCGUAUCAAGACAAACAAUUUUAUUACCUUACCUUUGAAUCUCUUUGCCUCCACACCUUUACUUACAUCUCUUGAUUUAAGUUCAAACCGUGAACUAUCAUUAUUACCUGUUGACCUGUUGAAAGGUUUACACAAUUUACGAGACAUAACCAUAAAUGAUUGCAAUUUAAACAGAUUUACCACUAAUCCAGCCAAAUUUUUCUCCUACGCUUCUAAUUUGGAAAAAAUUGAACUUAAAGGAAAUCUUCUCACCAAUCUCACACAAGCUCGCCUUUUUGCUCGCAAUCCAAAGUUGACAACUCUAGAUGUUUCCAAUAAUCGAAUCAAGGAGAUUGACGCCGAUAUUUUCAGUGAAAAUUCAUCCAGUUUAACCAAUCUAAAUUUAUCCAAAAAUGAUUUAUCAUUUAUACCGGAUAAACUAUUGUACCAUUUAAAGAAUCUCCGUGUUCUCAAUAUUGGAAAUAACAAUCUUCACACCAUCAAUAACAACAUUUUUUAUACUCUCUCAAAUCUGGAAGUUUUAGAUCUAAGUAGGAAUCAAUUGAUUACUGUUAACCCUGGUGAAAGUAAAAUACCUUUUGGUUUAGGGGCUUAUCUGAAAAAGAUCAAUUUAUCUCACAACAAUUUAACUUAUUUCAACCGGGAAUUUAAUUCAAUCCAAUGGAAUCUUCAUCUGGAAAUUGAGGAAAUUAAUUUAUCUCACAAUAAGCUGCAAGGACAAGUUAAAAUACCAAUAUUUUAUUCAACAAAGUCAAAAAUAAUUCUCGAUUUACGUGACAAUCAAAUUGAUUCAGUCAACAUGGAUGCCAUUCUGAUUAAUGAGAAACUUUUUAUUGAAAUUCUCGAUUCUAAUAAAGCUUAUGCUGAUGGUGCCGAGUCAAGCGAAGUUAAAGUAUUUAUAUCUGGAAAUCCUUUCAAUUGCGACUGUAACCUAUUCCCAUUGCUGAAGUAUACUCGAUCCAAUCCACAGGCAAAAUAUGAAAAUUUGGUUGAAAAAGUAUCUUUUGAUAUUAGCUCAGACAAUUUGAAAUGUUUCUCACCAUCAAGAUUAAAAGGUAAAUCAUUUUACGAGUUGAACACAAUUGAUUUAACCUGUCCAUUGGUACAAAGCAAAGUUUGUCCUUCUUUCUGUGAUUGCUGGUUCCGAGCUCAUGAUGAGAGGAUUUUAAUUGAUUGUCAGUCCAAAAAUUUAUCCUCUAUUCCUGAAGAAAUAGUCGAUAUAAACAACUAUCAAGAUCUUAAUACGCCAGGAAUUAAAGCUGGCACACCGAUUAAAGCUGUUACUCUUAAAAUGCAAAAUAAUCGGAUUAAUGAUUUACAACCUUUGGAAAGGCUUGUUUUACCAACAACUUCAUCCUCAUCAACAGGAGUAACAUCAACUGUAGGACGAAAAGGAUUUUCAUCUGGAACAAUCUUAUUUGAACUUUACUUUGAUAACAAUACAAUAGAUACAAUAUCUAAUUCAUUGGUUAAGCUUCUCAAACUUUCUACUAAACCAAGUCAGGAUAAUUCACUAUCUGAAUUUAAUCACGGAAAAGAUGUUUCAGAUUCUUCUUCCUCAUUGCCCACAUCAGCAAUGGCUACAGUUGCUCCAGGAAAACAUUUGAAAACCGUCACAAUAUUAUCUACAUCAUCUUCUAGUCCUACUAAAACUGCCAUUGUAGACCUUGUUUCCCUGCGAAAUAACAAUAUACAUUCAAUUCCAAUGGAAUUUAUCGAUGAAUUACGUGAACUUCAACUUAUUGUUGCCAGUAAUCAAAGUAUUAGCAACACUGGUAGCUCUGAAGCCCAUAAUUUGCCUAACAAAAAUAACGAUGACAACAAUCACAACAAUAAUAAUGUUGAUAUAAGCCAACCACCAUUACCUAAGUUUUUAAAGCUAUAUUUAGGUAAUAAUCCAUACAAUUGUACUCCUCAAGGAAUCACUGCUCCUGGAGAUAAAUUGUCUUGUCAGAUGAGGGAAUUUAAAUCAUGGUUAACGGGAAAUUAUCGUAUCAUUGGUGAUAUUGGUGAUAUUAAUUGUGAUUCUCUAAAUCACAAUUCAAAUUCAGCAUUGAUUAACAUACCUGAUUCGGUUUUAUGUCCCCAACUGGCCCAAUUGGAUCAAACGGUUUUACUUACAAUGACAGCUAUUUGCAUUGCUUUGGCUCUCUGCUUACUUCUCGUUUCCAUAUUGUACUAUCGAAACAAGCAAACUGUUCUAGCCUUUUUUUACAUUCACCUUAAUCCGAUCUUUGUUUGCCUUCAUUUUCACGAGGAUGAUAUUGAUGAAGAUAAAAUUUACGAUGCUUUUGUUUCCUACUCAAGUGCCGAUCGAGACAUUGUGAUGCAGUUAAUUGAGAAACUUGAAGAACCCAGUUCCAUCUCUAAUACAUCAAUUUGUUACUUGCAAUCACAAUCAGGUUUACCUUCCAUUCAUGAGGGUAAUUAUGAUCAAAUUGUACCUGAUAUUGGACCUGAUAUUAAAACUGUUGAUAAAUCUUAUGUUUCAUCCAACAUAUUUGGUGAUAAAGGAUUGAAUAAUUCAGAUCGAAGUCGAUCAUCUAAAGGAAACAAUUUACGAGCAACUUCUGGAACUGAUGAUUACCCAGAUGAUCCUGAUACAACUCAAUAUUUCAAAUUAUGUAUCCAUGAAAGAGAUUGGCUUCCUGGUAAUUUAAUAUCUUGGAAUAUUGUGAAUUCUGUACAAAAUUCUCGUCGAACAAUCAUCAUUCUUUCCAAAGACUUUAUCCAAUCAAUUUGGUUUCAAGUUGAAUUUCAUACAGCUUACUAUCAAAUGUUGGAAGAUAAAAUUGACCGAUUAAUUGUAAUUGUGCGAGGUGAAUUACCUCCUAAAGACCAAAUGGAUAAAGAUUUGGUUUUCCUAUUAACUACCAAAACUUACCUUGUUUGGGGUGAAAAAUGGUUCUGGGAAAAAUUGCGCUAUGCGUUACCUCAUAAAUCUACUCGUAAACGAGCAAUAGCCUCACCAUUGUCUGAUAAUGGUAAUGGUAAUAAUAAAUCAAGGUGCCUUAAAAAAACUCAUUUUAGUACAAAUGCCAUAAAUUACCUGAAAUCGGGUAAAGAUGGGACCAAAUCAAAGUCACCCUCUAAAAGUGCUAUGAUGAAGGAAUAUGUUGACCAAGCGAUUGCAAAUCAUUUUCAACUUAACACAUCUAGUAAUGGUUCACCACUUAAAUCAAACAUAAUCAACGGCAAAUCAUCUCUAUCAUCAUCAUCCACAACAACAACAUCAACAACUCCAUCACUGCAAAGUGCUUUACCCAAUUAUGGUUCAACCUCGGAUCCAAUGGAUAUCAACUUUUCAACUAAUAAAGCCUUUAAUCGUUCCAUUAAUAAUGGUAAAGAUGAUAAUGGUGGACUUGGUGACUACUCGAAGCAAGGUCAUGUUAAUGAAAGUUUUGUCAUUGAAACAGAAACAUGAUAUUAUCGAUAGUUAAUUAGUUUUUUAUCUCUAUCAACCAUUGAAAGCUAACUGUUACCUUUACUCUUUUCUUCCUCUUGUCUUUCCUUUCUUUAAUUUCUGUUGAUUUGUUUUUUUCUUCAACAACUCUUUGUCUCCUAAUCACAAUAACCUUAAACUUGGGUUUCCUGUCAACCUAAUUGUAAAUAGUUUUACCUUUAUAUUAUUGUUACUCUGUAUUUUAAGUUGGUUGUCAUACUCGUAAAUUGUAAUUGGAAACCGAAGGAGGACAAACAGAAAAGAGAAAGAUGAUUGGCGAAGAAUGAGAAUAUUGGAAAACAUUGAUCAUUCCAACACUUUCCUCACUUUCACCACCGUCACUAUCAACAUAAUCGUGAUCACCAUAAUUUACUUUAAUCAUCACACCAAACCAUCAAAUUGACAUUUAACGCAGUUUUUUAUGCACAGAGAUUAAUUAUUAUUGUACCUAAUUUAAGUUGAUUCUAUAUUUGUAAAUGAAUCCUUUUUUUAUUUUGUCUUCCUUAACUGCUAUUACUCUACAUCAGCACAUCGGAACACUGAUUCAUCUUGCUGAUAACUGUUGGAAAUCUCAAUAACAAUGUUUCACUCUUUGAAUACUGACAACAACAAAAUCAAACGAUACAGCAAAAGAAGAAAAAUUAAUGUAAAUUUUUGUCAAUUAUCACAUGUUGAUACAAACACCAAGCAUUUGACUGUCGUCAAACUAUUGAAUGCAGAAAAGGAUUCACAGCUUUUAUUUUAAUGCAAUGAAUAAAUUGUGUGAUAAAAUAAACGCAUACUUUAGAUUAAAUUGUAAUCCUAAUUGA